AGAGGAUUGGAAAAUAAUGCCAACAUUACCUUUACUUUUCCCCACUGCCCACUGCAUGACACUUGAACCACCUUCCAUUCGCCAACCACUAUAUAUAGCUCGACAUCAUUUUCAUCUUUUCCUGGGCCCUAAAUUCUCACAACAUGACAUUCUUCUUGCAGAAAAACCCGUUUCGCCAUCCCAUUAUUUUUUCCCAAGCCCUCGCCUCCCGCCCUCCAACACCGCCGCCACUCUCUGCCGCCCUCACCUUCUAGUAUGCAUUCGUAUCUCCAUCCCCCUUGACAAUGCAAAAAAAAGAAACCGCUCCCAUUUUACUUUUAAUUAAUAAACGAAACGUAACGCAUUAACCCUUCGAUAUUCGCAAUCAUCACGUAUAUGAAUCGUUGUAGGGACGGGUGUGUGAUCUGAUCUUCUAGUUACGUUGUUGGUUUUGCUGUAAAUUGGCGAAACCAUGACGAGCAUAGUGAAGGAGAUCCUGGCCAGCCCGAUUCAGAUGGCUGACACGGUCUCCAAGAUGGCGGAAGAGGCGCAAAAUUUCCGCAGCGAUUGCCUCGACAUCAAGGCCAAAACCGAUAAGCUGGCCGCCCUCCUCCGCCAAGCCGCCAGGAACAGCAACGACCUGUACGAGAGGCCGACGCGCCGGAUCAUCGAGGACACCGAGCAGGUCCUUGACAAGGCCCUCAUCCUCGUCGAUAAAUGCCGCGCCAACACCUUCAUCAAACGCCUCUUCACCAUCAUCCCCACCACCGCACUCAAAAAAAUAUCCAUGCAGCUGGAAAACUCCAUCGGCGACGUCCAGUGGCUCCUCCGCGUCUCCGCCUCCGCAGACGAGCGCGACGACGAGUACCUCGGACUCCCUCCAAUUGCCUCCAACGAGCCCAUCCUCUGCCUCAUCUGGGAACAAAUCGCAAACCUCCUCUCAAACGGCUCCGUGGAGGAACGCUCCGACGCCGCAGCCUCCCUUGUUUCCCUGGCUCGCGACAACGACCGUUACGGUAAACUCAUCCUGGAAGAAGGCGGCGUUCCCCCUCUUCUCAAACUCUUAAAGGAAGGCAAGUUAGAAGGGCAACAGAACGCAGCAAGAGCCAUCGGUUUACUCGGGAAGGAUCCAGAGAGCGUGGAGCACAUCGUUAACGCCGGUGUUUCUUCCGUGUUCGCCAAAAUCCUGAAAGACGGUCACAUGAAGGUUCAAAUUGAGGUGGCUUGGGCAAUUUCUGAAUUAGCAGCGAAUCACCCAAAGUGCCAAGAUCAUUUCUCACAGAACAAUUGCAUAAGGUUGCUGGUUAGCCAUCUGGCUUUCGAAACCAUUCAAGAGCACAGUAAAUACGCCGUUGUCAACAAGCACAAGAUGAUGAAUUCAAAUCAGGAUCACUUCCCCUCUCAUCCCAUGGGAGCCAACCAAGCAAGUACACAGAUGCAGAAUUUGGUUAAUGUCGUUAAGGGUAACCAACCCACAGUUCCAGCAAUAAUGACGGAUCAUAGCAGUAACACUAACCCAAAGGUGGUUAGUGAUGGCGGUGGAAAUAUGAAUAUGAAUAUGAAUACUAUAACAGGGACGAGUAGUAUCGGCGGGAAGGAGUAUGAGGACCCGAAGACUAAGGCAGAGAUGAAGGCAAUGGCAGCUAGAGCCUUAUGGCAGCUGUGUAAAGGAAACCUCUCCAUUUGCAACAACAUAACAGAAUCACGUGCUCUUCUCUGUUUUGCGGUUCUCUUAGAGAAAGGCACGGAUGAGCUUCGUAGAUACUCAGCUCUGGCCUUGAUGGAGAUAACUGCCGUGGCAGAGGAACACCCCGAUCUGAGACGCUCCGCCUUCAAACCGACUUCCCCGGCGGCCAAAGCCGUGGUGGAGCAGUUCCUCAACGUCAUCAAGAAAGGAGACGAUAGCGAUCUGCUCAUACCGUGCGUCAGAGCCGUUGGAAAUCUGGCAAGGACGUUCAGAGCCACGGAGACAAGGUUCAUAGAGCCGUUGGUGAAGCUUCUAGAUGAAAGAGAACCGGAAGUUUCAGGGGAAGCUGUGAUUGCGCUUAACAAAUUCGCUUGUACGGAUAACUUCCUGCACAACACGCAUUGCAGCGCCAUAAUCGAAGCUGGUGGCGCAAAGCACUUGGUCCAGCUGGUUUAUUUCGCCGAGCAGUCGGUGCAGAUUCCUUCGGUGAUUCUUUUGUGUUAUGUGGCGUUGCAUGUGCCCAAGAGUGAGGCUCUUGCCCAAGAAGACGUUCCUAUUGUUCUUGAAUGGUGCACCAAGCAGGCGCAUUUGAUGGCUGACCCUGACAUCGAAGCCCUCUUGCCAGAAGCAAAGAGCCGCUUGGAACUCUAUCAAUCAAGAGCAACAAGGGCAUUCUAUUCUAAUUAAUCAAUAAAAUGAUAACUCUCCCUCUUUUAGUUGCAUGAGUGUAUAUAGAUAUUUCUAAAUUAGCAGAACAACAUGAUUUGGGGUUAUGUUAUCUUAUAUAUACCCAUUGGAAAAUAUUAAUUUUGGAACAUGAAUCCCCAGUUCAAACUUACCUUGCUAGUUAUAUUCAUCUUGUCCUUAGCUUC